UCCACGCCGGCUUCUUUACUUCACUUUAUCCAUUAUCACGGUUUCUCAUCAUAUCUCGUGCCAUCCUCAUCACCGGCGCGACCGGCAGAUAAGGCAGGGCUGUCAUCAACGCUCUGGUCGCAAAGCUGCCCUCAGACUUCCUUCUGCUCGCCAUCACCCAUAAUGUGCAGUCCACCAGCGCAAAACGUCUCGCCGCCAAGUCGCCUAACGUCAAGUUGGUCGAGGGGGACCUCGAAUCAAUCGCAUCUCUCUUUCAGUCUGCCAAGAAAGUCGCCGGAACUGCGCCGCUUUGGGGCGUUUAUUCUGUACAAACAUCCGGCGGCAAAGCUGCCAUAUUAGAGGCCGAAGUAAGGCAAGGAAAAGGCCUGAUUGGCGAGUCAAUCAAGGCAGGCGUCUAAGACUUUGUCUACAGCAGUGUUGAUCGCGGCGGUGAGAGAUCUUGGGAUAACCCAACCCCUGUACUACACUUCGAAACCAAGCACGGGAUCGAACACCACCUCUGCGACUUGACUUCUAAUGGCAAAAGCACCAUAGGCUGGACUAUUUUGCGACCUAUAACUUUUAUGGAUAAUCUAGGACUGAGUUUUGCAAUGAAGGUCUUUCUUAUACUUCUUUGCGAUAUAAUGAAGGAUAAGCCGAUACAAUGGAUCGCAACCGAGGACAUCGGCUACUUUGUAGUCGAGGCUUUCUCUGACUUAACGACUUAUUGGAUUAAUUGGCAACGAAUUGAACUUAUUGUAACUCAGCCAGUCUUUUAAGAGGGCCGCAGGAAGCCUGGCGCCGAUAAUGUUUAGUUUGCUUGGAAAGGCGCUGAAGCAUGGCGUCCCUGAGAUGGGCGGUAUGAUAAGCUGGUUGUACGAUGGCGGAUACGGCGCCAAUGUGGCAGAGACUCGGAAGAUUCAUCCCAAUGCGACGACUAUGGAGGAUGUUGUAACAGAUAUGGAAAAGCCGCAUUGGCCGUGCUUGCAUUUAUUUGGUCUGUUGAGUGCACAGAAUAGUUAUGGUGAAUUGGGCGUUGUUUAU